AUGUCAGCUUAUGUAAAAUCAAUUGACACCAAACAUCUAGUGGAAGUUGGCAUGGAAGGAUUUUAUGGUGAGUCAAUGCCCGAAAAGAAACAAAAUAAUCCUGGUUAUGAAGUUGGAACUGAUUUCAUCGCCAAUAAUCUUGUCCAUCAUAUUGACUUCACAACAAUUCAUCUAUACCCCGACCAAUGGGUUCCUGGUUCAAACGACGAGGUACAAGCUGAAUUUGUGCACAAGUGGAUCCAAACACACAUAGACGACUCCAAAUCGGUGAUUGGAAAGCCAAUAAUGGUGACUGAGUUUGGCAAAUCUUCAAGAUCAUCGGGUUACAAUGUGGAAGCAAGGGACAACUACUUUAGCAACAUAUUCAACAGUGUUUAUAGUUGUGCAAGAACCGGUGGUCCGUGUGGAGGUGCACUAUUUUGGCAAGUGAUGGCUCAAGGAAUGGGAGAUUGGAGUGAUGGCUAUGAAGUUGUUUUGGAACAAAGCCCUUCCACUAUUGGUGUCAUCUCUCAGCAGUCUCGUCAAAUCUCUUCUCUUAAUCAAAUUAAUUAGUUAUGUGAUUAGUUAAUUACCAUUGUUUGGCCUAAUAAUAAUGAUAAUUGGCCUCAUUUUUAGAACUCAAUCCAAUGUCUAAUGGCAUUUAUUAUAUUGCAAGAAUAAAAAUCCCGUUUUAGUAUAUAUAUCAUUUUG